ACCGGGGGCACCCCAUGAGCUAAGGGCGGAGAUCCGGGUGGGGGGCACACAGGGGGACGCGGGGGGACAGCGGUGUCCGGCCCGCGCCGACGGCUGCCCCCAUGUUGGACCACAGGAGCAGGAUGGAGAGCUGGCGGCAGGAGAAGGUGGAGCAGAUCCUGUCGGAGUUCCGUCUGAAGGAGGAGGACCUGCGGAAGGUGAUGCACCGCAUGCAGAAGGAGAUGGACCGCGGGCUGAAGCUGGAGACGCACGAGGAGGCGUCGGUCAAAAUGCUGCCCACCUACGUGCGCUCCACGCCGGAGGGGUCGGAGGUCGGGGAUUUCCUCUCGCUGGACCUGGGCGGCACCAACUUCCGUGUGAUGCUGGUGAAAGUGGGCGAGGGCGAGGAGGGGCAGUGGAAGGUGAAGACGAAGCACCAGAUGUACUCCAUCCCUGAGGACGCCAUGACGGGGACGGCCGAAAUGCUCUUUGACUACAUCUCGGAGUGCAUCUCUGACUUCCUGGACAAGCACCAGAUGAAGCACAAAAAGCUGCCCCUGGGCUUCACCUUCUCCUUCCCCGUGCGGCACGAGGACAUUGACAAGGGCAUCCUGCUGAACUGGACCAAGGGCUUCAAGGCCUCAGGAGCGGAGGGGAACAACGUGGUGGGGCUGCUGCGGGACGCCAUCAAACGGCGCGGGGACUUUGAGAUGGACGUGGUGGCCAUGGUGAACGACACCGUUGCCACCAUGAUCUCCUGCUACUACGAGGACCACCGCUGCGAGGUCGGCAUGAUCGUGGGGACGGGCUGCAACGCCUGCUACAUGGAGGAGAUGCACAACGUGGAGCUGGUGGAGGGCGACGAGGGCCGCAUGUGUGUGAACACAGAGUGGGGAGCAUUUGGGGCAUCAGGGGAGCUGGACGAGUUCCUGCUGGAAUACGACCGCGUGGUGGACGAGACCUCGCUUAACCCCGGUCAGCAGCUCUACGAGAAGAUCAUCGGGGGCAAAUACAUGGGGGAGAUCGUGCGGCUGGUGCUGCUGCGGCUGGUGGAUGAGAACCUGCUGUUCAGCGGGCAGACCUGCGAGAAGCUCAAGACGCGCGGAGCCUUCGAGACGCGCUUCGUGUCGCAGGUGGAGAGCGACUCAGGCGACCGCAAGCAGAUCUACAACAUCCUCACAGCCUUUGGGCUGCUGCCCUCGGGGUCGGACUGCGACAUCGUGCGCAUGGUGUGCGAGAGCGUGUCCACACGGGCUGCCCAGAUGUGCUCAGCUGGGCUGGCCGGCGUCAUCAACCGCAUGCGGGAGAGCCGCAGCCAGGAGACCCUCAAGAUCACCGUGGGGGUGGACGGCUCUGUCUACAAACUGCACCCCAGCUUCAAGGACCGUUUCCACGCCACCGUACGACAGCUGACUCCCGGCUGCGACAUCACCUUCAUCCAGUCGGAGGAGGGCAGCGGGCGCGGGGCUGCGCUCAUCUCGGCCGUGGCCUGCAAGAUGGCGUGCAUGAUGGGGCAGUGAGGCGGACUGGGCGGCGGGGAUGUGCCGAGGAGCCGGGACUGAUGUGGGAAGGGCUCGGAUGGCACCGGGAUGGUGCCGGGGCUCCCCAAUAAACGGGGUCGGCGUGGACUUCUCCUCUGGGAACGCUGUCCCAGCGUUGCUCUGUGGUGCAACUCCGGUGUCCCGUCCCUGAGACCCCUGGACCAUUCUGGGGACGAGGACAGAGCGCUGGGGGAGCCGUGGCCCCACCCGUGGGGCAGCACCCUGUGACCCCAAACCUGACGGCCCCCUGGCCCAGGGGUCCCAAGCAGUGGAAUUCAGCAUCCCAACCCGCUCGGUUCUGGUGGUGACAGCCCUGUGGUGACAUGUGCCAUUUCUUGCCGCCGUGUGGAGCUCGGAGCAAUCAUCAUGGGGCUAAAAACUGGGGGCCCCCAGUCCGGUGAUCCCACAGGGGUUAUGAGGGCACCUCGGGUGUCCUACAGGGGUGGUCUGGGGCUGCCACAUGCGGAUGGAGCCCCGUGGGGUUGGGGACCCCCUGGGGGUUUGGGGCUGCUGAGUGGCACCCCAGGGCAUGGAGAUCUCCUAGGGGCAGGGGUCAUCUGGGGGCACCCCUGGGGUCUGGGAAGGAGCAGACAGCCCCUGCCAUGGGAUCCCAUGCUCUGAUUGGUCCCAUCAGCUGCAGCAUCUCCUGUGCUUUCGUGGGCUGUGGCCAAAAAAAGGAUCUCCUGUGCUCUGGCUGGGAACAACAGGACAGGAUCCGCUGGGCUCAGCCUGGCCCUCGUCACUGCGUCCCCACCAUCACCGCAUCCCGUUCAUCACCACACCACCCGCACGUCCCCAUGUCCCCACAGUGACCCCGUCCCUAAGCUCGCUGUGCACCUGCCCGCCACAGCCCCAUCAUUGAGGUCUCCACACGUCAGCCCCCAUCCCCAGAGCCCCCGUGGCCAAAUAAAACCCGAAUCGAAUGGGCGACGGCAGAGGUGAGCGGCUUUAUUGCAUGGGAACAGGGAGUGGGAGGAAGGCUGGGACGGGACUGUGGGUCUGCGUUUUGGGGUCCACACGCAGGAUGUGGGGUCUGCACACAGGAUGUGGG